AAAAAAAAAAUUUCAAUUACUUUUUAUCUAUUCUUAUAGAAAAAAUGGCACAAAUAACCAUUCCUAAUAACAAUGUUGUAACCUCAAAAGCUGAAACACCUGAAACACCAGUAGUAGUUAGUCAACAAUCAUUAUUAUCUGCUUUAAGCUAUCUUCGUGCAGAACUUGAAAAAUUGAAAAAAGAAAAUAAAGAGUUAUCAACUGAACGUACAACUUUAUUUGAACAAUUAGAAAAUGAAAAGAACAAGAACAAUAAUAAUAUAAUAAAUAAUAAUAAUAAUGAAAUAGUAGAAGAUAGUAAUAGUAUCAACCAAAAGGACAAUAAUAAUAAUGAGGAUUCUACUGAUUCUACUUUGUCGAAAAAUGACGAUGAUCAUAAAAAAUUGAUAGAAGAAUUAACGACAAAAAUUGAACAAAUCGAAAAAGAAAAAAAAGAGGAGAUUACAAAUAUUGAAUCACAACUUGAACAAAGUAAGGAAGAAAAGAAACAAUUAGAAGUACAACAUCAAAGUUUAAUUGCUAAAUUGGCUAAUUUUAAGACUUCCAUAGCUGAUAAAUUGAAAGCGGACAAUGAAGAACAUAAUAGAAUUAGACAGCAAUAUAAUGAAUUGAAUGAACAAAAUAAAGAACUUAAUAACACUAUUUUACAAUUACAAGCUAACCUUUCUACCAGUCAAGAUGAGAACGAUAAAGUAAAUCAUCAAUUAGAGUCUUUACAAUCACAGCUUUUUGAUAUACAACAGCAAUCUUCACGUGAAAUUGAUGAAAAAGAUGAUAUAAUUCGUGACUUACAAUAUAAUUUAGACCGUACAGGAAGAGAACGAGAAGAAUGGGAAGUUAACGCAAUGGAAUUAAAAAGUGCAAAAGAUGAAUUACUUUCUCACAUAAAACAUUUAGAAAGGGAAAUGGAUGCCUUAAAACACGAGAAAGAAGUUUUAAUUGUUGAAAAAAAUAAUGAGUCAGAAAGUUUGGCCAAUCUACAAAAUGUUUUAGAAGAGUUUGAAGCAGCUAAGCAAUCAGAGAUUCGGGAAGCCGUCGAAGGAAUACAAAUGCGACUUACCACUGCUACCAAAGAGCUAGCAGAGUAUAAAGAGCGUGCAUUAUUGGCUGAAACUCAAUUAGCGCAAAUAAAAGAUGAAAUCGGAAAAACGUUGCAAUACGAAAAAGAAAUAAAAGAAAAGAAUUUACUAAUUGGAAAGUUACGACAUGAAGCUGUAAUAUUGAAUGGGCAUCUUACUGAAGCUUUACGUCGUAUGAGAGAGGAAAGCAGUGAGAAUAAUGUGGACAAACGCCUUAUUACCAACCUUUUGAUCGCUUUCUUCAACACUCCACGUGGAGAUAGCAAACGAUUUGAGAUAUUACAAUUGAUGGCAAAUAUGUUAGAAUGGACGGAGGAACAGAAGGAACAAGUAGGUUUAAUAAGAAAAGCAUUAUCUAGCAGAUCUGAAGAUCGAUCAAAUAAAUGGGUAUCAGGUUUAUGGACACCCACUAUUGAGAGACCACGAGGUCGACUAUCAGAAGAUGUCCCUAGACCAACUAUUCGUAUAUCUGAAGAUGAAGCUACUAGAGAGUCAUUUUCUGAUAUGUGGAUAUCGUUUUUACUUAAAGAAGCAAGUAAAGACAAUCAACAUAAUAAUGGUAAUAGUAAUAAUUCUAAUUCAAAACAAGUAGAAUAAUUAAUUAAUUUAAUGUAUUGUAGUCACCUAUUGUGUGCUUUAUAGUAACUUUUUCAUUAUAUUUAAGAAACAGACUUUGAAUGUGCUAAUAAACAUUAUUUUAUAAUUAAAUUAGAUGGGUGAAAAGGUUUAUAUGAUUAGAGAUAUAAUUAAUAUGCAAAUAAAAGGGGGGGGGAGGAUAUCAGAUACAUGUACAGCAGUAGUAUAUAAUAGAUGUAAUUUCUUGACUGCUAAAUCAAUCACAAUAAUUAUCAUAUAGACCAAGUUUUAUUUAUUAUUAAUCCCUUUUUUUUGUUAUUUUUUAUUAUCAUUUACAGUUUGGCU